GAGAUAGAGAGAGAGCGUGAGAGAGAAAACAUAUGGAGUGUAAGGGAUUCAAAACAGAAGGUUUGAGAAGGAGGGUCUGGAGUCAAAGACAAAAUGUUUGGAAUCAAAGUUCAUCCACAAAAGCAUGCCACAAACGAGGCUUUGGCGCUUGUUCUUUGGGACCUGGUAUAAAAGUGUGUAUGAGCUGACCUGUUUAAAUAUGCUUAAUGGUGUCAUUACCAACCAGAUGUGCUAAACCUGUGCCUAGCAUUACUGCAUGGUGGGGCAAAGCUGCAGAACCCAAGGCUAUUUCUCAGCUGCUGACGAAGGCACUUGCUCACCGUGUAGCAUAAAAAGAGGCUGACUGUGCUGUAAUUUCGUCUACUAAAAGCAAAUCGGUUCGAGCCGUUUGAACAAGCGUGCGCAAGACGCAAUAGAGUGAUCGAGUGAUUUCACACAGUCGGCUAUUCAAGCUGACACCUUGGACUUAUCUGUGCCAUUUGUGGAAAGGUUAACUGGUAGGUGACAGGCUGUAAAUUAUCCCCAUGUAUCACUUGCCCUUCUAUCCAUCAAACUAAAUCAAUCGAUAAAAGACACGUUGCCAAUCAAGUAUUGAAACGCAGAGUUGGGGCCGAGGGACUCUGGAGUGAAUACCGCAAGUUUUUGGGAUUACUGAAAAGAGGCUUCUGAAGAGCCGAGACUGAUAGUCGCCCGACAUUCUUGUCGUUUCUCUUGCCCUUUACACGACCCUGCUAUUUCUAGUGUCCGUUUCUCUCUGGCGUGUUAACGACAGCACACUCCUGUUCAACUGAGAUGAAAAAGAAAGAGCUUUGAACCUGUGGGCUUGGUCAUGCAAAUAUGAAGGAGAUAAGGAUCUUAAACUGCAUAUCAGAGCUGGUAACCAUGGGAGCACUCUCCUCCACUGGAGUCAGACCUGGAAGAGGAAGGGUUUGACUUUCAAACUGGAGCUGAAUCUGAGGCGAUGACCUCAGUCUCUGGGACAAGACGUGACGCUCCGGAAACUGAUCCAAUCAAGUCUUUCAAUGGUUCUUUUUCACCCUUUUAUGUUUUUGCCGUUCAUCAGCAAAGUUAUUUAAAAGCGGUCAUGACGCAACUAUCCUUACCUUCUCCCCCGAGUCCACCCACCGACCCUUUCAAACAAAAAACACUCGAUUCCCGUUCAGAUAACCUCUGACACGAGGAGCCCCUCUUGUCAGUGAUCCAAGGCUCCACCCAGACCCCCGACCACAAGCCUGAGCCUUAACUCGGGUAUAAAGGUUCAUCUCCCUGUCAGCACACCCUGUAUCCAGCUCUGCUCUCCAGGCCUCCUAGACCCAGAGACCCAUCUACCAUGCUGCUCCUCCAGACUCUGUGUUUGGGCCUGACCUGGGCUCUCUGCCUCGCUGCUCCCAACCAUGACCUUUCCAGGCAAGUUCGUGAGGUGCUCCCCAGUGGCCAGGUGGACCGAUGUAAAGGGAUCGAGUUUGACGCCAUCGCCCCAGACGCCAAGGGAAUCACCUUCUUCUAUAAGGGUAAGCACAUGUGGACGGGCUUCCACGGCCCCUCAGAGCUCCUCAGCUCCUCCUACAAGGAGCUGGAGCAGCACCCCCUGCUGGGCGACAUCGACGCUGCCCUCUGCCUGCAUCACGCCGACGAUGCCGACCAUAAGCACGUCUUCUUCUUCCUGGAUGACAAGGUGUUCAGCUACCACGACCACACCCUCGAGGAGGGCUUUCCCAAGGACAUCUCCCAGGUGUUCCCAGGGAUCCCCAGCCACCUGGACGCGGCCGUGGAGUGCCCCAAAGGAGAGUGUGUCCGGGACUCUGUCAUCUUCUUCAAAGGUUCUGAGGUGUUCCACUACGACACGUACACCAAGAAGGUCAAGACCAGCCAGUGGACUCAUUUCCCAAACUGCACCUCCGCCCUGCGCUGGUUAGACCACUACUACUGUUUCCAUGGACACCAGUUCACCAAGUUCCACCCUGUCACUGGGUCUGUGACGGGGACCUACCCCAAGGAUGCCCGCGACUUCUUCAUGAAGUGCCCCAACUUUGGUCGCCUUAGUAACCACACAGAGAGGGAGCGCUGUAGUCACGUCCACCUGGACGCCAUCGCCUCCGACGGCCUGGAGAGAGCGCUCGCUUUCAGAGGUGACUACUUCCUGCGGGAGGAUGAGAGGACUGGUGAUGGCUGGCAUGCAUUCCCUAUAGCUGAGUACUUUAAGGAAGUAAAGAGCGACCUGGAAGCUGUGUUUUCCUACGCCAGCCAGCUGUACCUCAUCAAAGGUGAGCAGGUGUUCCUCUACUCGUCUGGAGAGAAGUACGAGCUGGUGGAGGGUUACCCUAAACCCCUGAAGGAGGUGUUGGGCAUCGAGGGACCGCUGGACGCUGCCUUCGUCUGUGGAGAGUAUUCACUUCUGCAUGUGGUUAAAGGCCAGCAGAUGUUUGACAUCGAGCUGACAGCUGUUCCCAGGGCGGUGGUUAAGGAGGCCAAGCUGCCCUUCGCCAAGCUAGAUGCUGCCAUGUGUGGCCCUGAUGGCAUCAAAGUGUUCGUUGGCGCCGAGUACUUUCAGUACGCCACCCCUAUGCUGUUAGCCUACAGCCGGAUCAGACCUGAGCCACACAAGAUGUCCCUGGACAUGUUCGGCUGUGACCACUAGAGGGCGCUAAUGAUUCGCAAACGUUGGUCGGGUGCUGUGGUGAAUAAGAAUAAUCUUGCAGUUAUUUUAUUUUUUGUUUAUUAUUUUUUUCAACAAGGGAAUACAGAGUUAUACAAGAAAAUAAUGAGGCUUCAGUUUGUAAUUAAACAUAGUCAUUUAUCUAUACAUCAAUGGCUUUUUUUAACAACAUAGAUGUCCUUAACAGCUAUACAUUUAGUCAUUGAGCAGACGAACUUAUCCAGAGCCACUUACAGUAAGUACAGGGACAUUCCCCCCGAGGCAAGUAAGGUGAAGUGCCUUGCCCAAGAACACGACGUCAUAUUGUUCGGCCCGGGGGAUCGAACUAGCAACCUUCUGAUUACUAGCCCGAUUCCCUAACCGCACAGCCAUCUGACUCCAUGCUCUGCAGGUCCUCAGCAUUGCACAGUCAACAACGUUGGACCUAGAAUGAGAACGUGAGCAAUAGUAAUGAGUCCUGUAAAGGACUGAACAGUGCCUGUUUAAUUGGUAUGGUUUUGCAUCAUUUGUCAAUUUUUCAAUGUCAUUGUCAAACUACAACAGAUACUACCUCCAUCUAUCCAUUUUACAUCAUGUGUUUAAUAUGCAAUGACAACACAGUUUACACACAUUUGUUUUUGAAUGUUUACUCUCAUGAAUAUCGCUGUCGCAAAGUCGAAUACAUUAAAGGUUUUCAGUUCCUUCAAAUAAAACCUUUAAUACUUUCAUGCCUCUAACCAAUUUCAGACUUGGACCAAUUGCUAGAGUUUAGUAUUAAAGGUUGGUGAUUUAAAGGCAGGGUAGGCAAGGUGCGCAAAGCUAGCUAUUUUAGCUUAUUUUUGACACAAUUCAAACCAAACGAGCAUUGAGUGGAGGGGCAGAGUGCGUGCAGGUAUGGAGGUAGACAGACAGACAGGUAGCCCAUCGAAUCAAUAGUCAGGGUACCCUUUAAUGAUUGAUCGUGUCUAUUACAGUAUUGUGACGCCCACAGAUGUUGGAAUGAUUUUAUAUUACCGUCAAACCUUUUGAUGUAUUGUUUAGCACUUUCGGCAAAUAUGACAAAAAGUGCUUCUCAACAACAUUGCUUACCUUGCCUUUAAGCCUAUACAGUGGAAAUGCCUUGUAUCGUCACCAUUUGAGUGGACUGGAGUCCUCAGGGAAAGUCUGGUCAGAAGACCAGUGAUAUAAAACUAGUGUAGAGUAUGUGGGGCCGUCCUCACACAAACACACAUGAAGACUUUUGAUUGUUAUUUUUUAAACCUCUCGAAACCUUUGUUUUUAAAAAAAGAAUCCACACACAGUAAAAGGAGAGGACUUUCAGAUCUGAACUGCACAUUUUAAGGAUCAGAAACAAUCGCUAGCAAAAGCAGUUAUACCACAAUCGUCCACAGGCUCGAAGCGCAUGACAACUCAUAAAAAAGUCUAAUC